AUGAAAUCAAUUCUCUCAAUUUUAUUUGCAUUAUUAUUAAUUGUUGCUGUUUCAAUGGGUAAUAAUUUAGAAAAUGAAGAAUUUUACAACAUGGAAAUUGCUGAUGCUGUUUAUCCACUAUGUAAAAACGGAAAAUGUCCAAAAGGUUCUAUUUGUAUUGACGUCAGAGAUACAAAAAUAUGUUUCCCAAAUCAAUAA